AUGAAUGGAGAAGGGCAGGGCAUCGUAUCGUUCUUCCAAGAGAAACCACCGAUGGAGCAGACCAUUUUGAUCGAUUUAGAAGGUUCCAAUAAAGAGGUCGGAUCGGAAAAUGCAGAAAGCCAGGAUGACAAGACUAAGAAACGGGAACUGGCUGCACGCAAGAGGGAAGAGAUUAGGAAGGAGAAGGAAUUGAAGAAGCUGCAAAGAGAAGAGGAGAAGCGCAAGCGAGAUUUACAACGAGAAGAAGAGAAACGUAAGCGAGAUUUACAAAGAGAAGAGGAGAAACGUCAACGAGAUCUUCGUAAGCGACAAAAGGAGAUCGAGAGGAAAGAGGCUAAACAGCAGAAGGAGCAAGAGAAGAGGGAGAAAGAGGAAGAGAAGCAACGAAAAGAGCAAGAGAAGAAGAUCAAGGAAGAGAGGGCACAGUCUCGAAUUGGGAAUUUUUUCAAGAAAAUUAGCGAUUCAGGUAAGCAAUCGAACGUCAAAUCUGACUACGAGAAAUACUUUUUACCCUUUUACGCCAAGGAUGGUGUCAAACUGCCACAAGUUGAUAACUGUGCCUUGGAACAGAGGAGAAAGGAUAUCGAUGAGUCGCUGCAAUCUCAUGCUUUUGAUGAUAAUUUAAAGGACUGGUUAAGUAGUAAAUCGGUUAAGAGAAGUCAUCCAAUUGCCUUUACUGCAGUUUCGCUCCUGCAACAGAUGACAGCAAAGGAAAAAGAGGAUCAAGAGUUACAAUCUUUGCUAAAGUUGAUUCCACAGAAAUAUAUCAAGUUUUAUGAAAAUGUAAGACCUCCUUACAUCGGAACUUAUUCAAAGGAUGUGAUUUUACCUGUUGAUAAUCCGUUUUCUACUGAGGAAACUGAUUACAAUUACGACUACGAUUCUGAUCUGGAGUGGAUUAAUGAAGAAGAUGAGGAGGGUGAGCAAGGUGGAGUAGAUAACUUAGAAAGUGGUGAAGACGAGGAUGAUGAAGAAGAUGAAGAGGCAAGUGAGGGCGAAUUCGAUGGAUUUUUAGACACAGAGGAAGGACCAGAUGGUGUAAAUGGGAAAAGAAAAUUCUUGGGGCCAUUAAUACCUACCGUGUGUCUCAGAAGUAACGUUGAUUCUCUAGACGAAGAUGAUAGGAAAUAUUACGAAGCUGUCAAGGUCGAAAUUUUGAUAGAACAGCAAUCGUUCCCAAUAGAUCCCAACGCUCCAAUAAUUCGGUCUCAAUCAAUAAGUGCUCUGAAGAGAUUAUCGGAACGUGAGCAGGAGGCUGAAUCGGCUUCAAGCAGCCCAUCUGUUUCUCCGGAAAAGAAGAAGGCAAGGACUUUAAUAACAGAAGGUAUCCAUCUCUUAAAACUCUUUGACGAGAUUCACGAUAGCACUUUUUCCCUGGGAACAGUCACAGAAAUAGCACAGAAGAAUCUUCCUCAAUACAGCAAGCAGACGAUAAAAAAUACUGUGAAAGAAUACGCUUUAAGAGGUUCAGGAAAAGGAGAUUCGGGACGUAAAUGGGCGAUAAGAGACAUGAAGCAUUGGGAAGAUCUCCGAUCAAGCAUAGGGUAG